AUCUAGUAAAAUGAGUUUCCUUCUGAUCAUCUGUAUUGUUACGUUUUCCAUGAAUUUCUCACCUGCAUUUCAGUCUGAAUUAACAAACGGAAACGAAACUGAUAGAUUAGCAUUACUUGAGUUCCACAGUAAGCUUACAUAUGACCCAUACGGAGCACUAGGCUCAUGGAAUAAUAAUUCCGAUCAUUGUAGUUGGAUAGGAAUUCAAUGUAAUCUUGAGAGUCCAAGAAGGGUUACCAGUUUGGAUCUAAGUGAUCAUGCGUUGAGAUUUAAAACAUCUAUACCUCCGGAUAUAGGAAAUAUUACAUUCUUAAUGACUCUGCGCCUCGGUGACAACGGCUUUUAUGGUGAAAUUCCCCAACAAAUUGGCCGUUUACUCCGGCUUGAAAAUCUAGAUUUGUCAGGCAAUUAUUUAUCUGGUGAAAUUCCAAGCUCCUUGAAGAACUGUCAUUUUUUGAAAGGCCUUUAUUUAACAAGAAACUAUCUUGAAGAGAUGAUUCCUCGAUCGUUACAGAGUUUGAAGGGAAUUGAAGAGUUAAACCUUUCACACAAUCACUUGUCUGGUCCAGUUCCAGAGUAUCUCAAGUCAUUUCCCUUCUUGGAGAUACUGGACUUGUCGUGGAAUAACUUUGAAGGUGAAGUACCAAAAGAAGGGAUUUUCAACGACACAAGUGCAUUUUUUUAUGAUGGAAACUUUGAGCUUUGCGGAGGACAUCCUUCACUACAGUUAAAUAGUUUCCCAAGAAAUAUUUCUAAGAAACUGAUGCUGAUUCUAAUAUUAUCUGGAGCUUUAAUUUGUGCCAUUAUCUUGGGUUUCUUCGUCAAAUUCUUUUCGAGGAGAAGAGCCAGAAUCAAACCUUCUUCUUCUGAAUAUCCAGUUAGUGAUAUGCUUCAAAAAGUCUCAUACAAACCUUCUUCUUCUGAAUCUCCAUUUAGUGAUAUGUUUCACAAAGUCUCAUACAAAGAGCUUCUUAGAGCAACGGAUGGAUUCUCCUCAAAAAAUUUGGCUGGAGUUGGUGGUUACGGUUCUGUUUAUGUAGGAAUUUUAACGCUGAGCCAGGAGAUAACAGCAGCUGUUGCAGUGAAAGUAAUAGAUCUUCAGAAACGAGGAGCUUUAAAAAGUUUCAAGGCAGAAUGUGAAGCGUCGAGAUGCAUUCGACAUCGCAAUAUUAUGAAGAUAUUGACUUCUUGCUCUAGUGUCGAUUUUAAGGGAAAUGAGUUCAAAGCUCUACUCUACGAAUUCAUGCCUAAUGGGAGUCUUCAGGACUGGUUGCACCCAACGGCCAAUCACAGACAACAUUGGAAGAAAAACAGGCCAUUUAAAUUUAUUGAGAGACUUAACAUAUCCAUUGAUGUUGCAUCUGCAUUAGAUUAUCUUCAUCGACAAUGCCAAACACCAAUAGCUCAUUGUGAUCUAAAGCCAAGCAAUAUUUUACUUGACGAGGACAUGAAUGGCCAUCUUGGAGAUUUUGGAUCAGCUAAGUUUCUUCGUGAUAUUAUCGUGAAUGUUGAUUGCAGUUCUUCAUUCGGGAUUAGGGGCUCGAUUGGGUAUGUUGCUCCAGAGUAUGGAAUAGGUACAGAGGUCUCUACAAAUGGCGACUUUUAUAGCUUCGGGAUCAUGUUGUUAGAGUUGUUUACAGGAAAGAGACCUACAGCCAACAUGUUCAAAGAUGGCCUUACCCUUCAUAGUUUUGCAAAAACCGCUCUUAUUGCGGAUAGAAUUAUACAGAUCGUUGAUCAUACACUUGUUCUUCUCCAAAAUGGUGAGAGAAAGGCCAAGUUCUGCAAGGCACUGACGGAGAUUAUCAAACUUGGAGUUACAUGUUCUAUUGAGUCUCCAAAAGAACGGAUGGAAAUGGAACUGGUCGUAAAAGAGCUGCAGUCAAUAAAGAAUGUGUAUCUCUCUUGAGAAUGAGGAAAUAUUCGGAAACAGUAUUACCAUUUCCAUUUACCAUCCGACUUAAGGAACACUGUGCUUCUAUACAAUUUAAAGUGUGACUCACAGUAUGUAGGAGUGUGAGAUCGAUAAAAAUGAUAUUGACUCUGAAAGAAGAUGCAGUCAAAAGUUCAGUGGAUAUUGUUGCUUCGUCUUAUUCGCUCACGAUUUCGCUUGAUGAUGAAUGUCUAAUCGUGUAUAUUCUUGUCUUCUUACCACUAACUCCACGUAAAAAUAUUUUUUUAUAGAAAU